AUGACCGGAUUCGUGUUGUGCUGCGCGAUGUACAUGGACAGAAGCAGCCUGAGCAGGGGUCCCCCCUCCUCUUCCAGUCCCAGCUUGUUGACAAAGGGUCUCUCUCUGGAGCCGUCUUGCUCGCCGUGCGGCCACCAGGGGGCGCUGGAUGCUGACGUUCCUGAGCAGCUGAGCUCAGACUCGGGCCCUGGCUCCUCCUCCUUAGGCCCCGCCUCCCUGGAUGGAUGCGGCCCACUGCUGGUCAACGACACGGGUCCCCCGGAGCUGCCGGCUGCAACGCUGGCUCCGCCCAUCAGGACCCGGCCCCCCCUCCCGGGGCCCAAACCUCAGGUCCCCCCAAAGCCCCCCCACCUGCAGCAGACAGCUUCGUCAAGGCCACGCCUCAAGGCUCCGGAGAAGCCCCUCCCACCUCCUCCACCAUAUAGACCCCUCCCAGUCGACCCCAGGGGGGGGCGGACUCCACCCACCCGUGUUGAGGGCUCCGCCUCCCCCAGCUGUGUCCUGUCCCUGAUCGAGAAGUUUGAACGCGAGCAGAUCAUCGUUGUCCCUGACAUCAGCGGGGGGGCUCUGUGUCCCCGGAUAACCGACCCCUCCUCCUCUCGACCUUCUUCACCUCCAUCAUCAUCAGGCCCCGCCCCUCCCCCACCAGGUGAGGUCGGAGGUCAUGACGAUGUGAGAGCGGAGGAUGAGGCGGGUGAACUACGUAAUGAUGACGAUGAUGACGAAGAUGAUGAAGAGCUGGCGGCGGCGUGUGGUAAUGACAUCCAUCAGAAACGUCUGUCCAUGGAGUCGGGCUACAGCGCCUCAGAGAAGCACCUGGAGGACGAGGUGGUUGCCGUGGAGAUGAGGGAGCAGCAGCCGCCGCUUCUCGACCAAUCAGAGUUCCCGUCCGAGCGUCUGUCGCUGCCCUCCUCACAGACAGACGGGAAGCUGGCCAAUCGGGACAGUGGGAUCGACAGCAUCAGCUCGCCGUCGCAUAGCGAGGAGCUGUGCUUCGCCAACGUGGAGGAAGGGGGCGUGGUUUUCCCCUGCAGCCCCGCCCUCCUCCCUCGCCUCUCCAGCUCGUCCUCAUAUGCUGGGGAGGGUGAAGGGGAGGAGCUGGGAGCGAGGGGGGUGGCGAGGAGGAGGAGGGACUUCUCUGAGGAGGGAGACAGUGACCUGGAGGAGGAAGAGGAGGCGGAGCUAACGCUGGUGCUGGCUCCUCCCAAAACAGACACGCAGGACUCUGCUGAGAUGUCCGUCCAGCAGAGAGUCUUCACCAUCGCCAACGAGCUGCUGCACACUGAGAUCGCCUACGUCUCCAAGCUCCACCUCCUGGACCAGGUCUUCUGUGCCCGACUCCUGGAGGAGGCCCGGUCUCGCUCCUCCUUCCCCUGUGACGUCAUUCAGGGAAUCUUCUCCAACAUCUGCUCGAUCUACUGCUUCCAUCAACAGUUCCUGCUGCCAGCGCUACAGAAGAGGAUGGAGGAGUGGGACUCAAACCCCCGGCUCGGGGACAUCCUGCAGAAGCUGGCUCCCUUCAUGAAGAUGUACGGAGAGUAUGUGAAGAACUUCGACCGGGCCAUGGAGCUUGUGAACACCUGGAUGGAAAGAUCGGCUCAGUUUAAGACCAUCAUCCAGGAAAUCCAGAGGGAGGAUCGCUGUGGGAACCUGACGCUGCAACAUCACAUGCUGGAGCCGGUUCAGAGGAUUCCUCGCUACGAGCUGCUGCUCAAGGAUUAUCUACGCCGGCUGCCAGAGGAUGCCCCGGACCACCGGGACGCCCAGAAGUCUCUGGAGCUCAUCGCCACGGCAGCCGAACACUCCAACGCCGCCAUCAGUAAGAUGGAGCGAAUGAGGAAGCUGCUGAAGGUCUACGAGUUACUGGGAGGAGAAGAAGACAUCGUGAACCCGACUAACGAGCUGAUCAGAGAAGGACACAUCCUCAAACUGUCCAACAAGAACGGGACCACGCAGGACCGCUACCUCAUCCUGUUUAAUGAUCGGCUGCUGUACUGCGUCCCGAAGCUGCGUCUGAUUGGUCAGAAGUACGGUGUCCGUGCUCGCAUCGACGUGGACGGGAUGGAGCUGAAGGAGCCCAUCGGAGCUGCAGUUCCCAGGACCUUCCUGGUUUGUGGAAAGCAGAGAUCACUCGAGCUUCAGGCCAGGACAGAGGAAGACAAGAAAGACUGGAUCCAGGCCAUCCAGGCGACCAUCCAGAGACACGAGCAGACGAUGGAGAGCUUCAGAUAUUUGAACUGUUCACUACGAGAGGAUGAGUCCGAACCACCUCACUCGCCGGUAACACACACACAUAUACGCACACACGCACGCACACACACAAAUAUGUUUACACGCACAUACACACACAGUUGUGUGGAACUGGGGAAACGAGCUCCGACUCCGAUCAGAGAGAAGGAAGUGACUCUGUGUAUGAAGUGUCAGGAGCCGUUCAACUCCAUCACCAAGAGACGACACCACUGUAAAGCCUGCGGACACGUGGUUUGUGGGAAAUGUUCGGAGUUUCGUGCUCGUCUGUCGUACGACAACAAUCGCACCAAUCGAGUGUGUGUGGACUGCUACGCCGCCCUGGUGGGCGUGUUGCCGUCGCCCGCCACGCUGACCAGCAGCAUCCAGAGGAGGCGCUCCAUCCUGGAGAAACAGGCCUCGCUGGCGGCGGAGAACAGUGUGAUCUGUAGUUUUCUCCACCACAUGGAGAAAGGGGGGGGGCGGGGCUGGCAGAAGGCCUGGUUCGUCGUCCCUGAGAACGAGCCGAUGGUGCUCUACAUCUACGGAGCGCCGCAGGACGUGAAGGCGCAGCGCAGCCUUCCUCUGAUUGGCUUCGAAGUCUCUCUACCGGAGUCAUGUGACCGCCUGGAGAGACGCCACGCCUUCAAGAUCUCCCAGAGUCACCUGACCCUGUACUUCUGCGCUGAGGGGGAGGAGCUACAGCGGCGAUGGAUGGACGUCUUGUCUCGGGCUGGGAGGGGGGAGGAGCAUCAGCUCCACCACCCAAUUGUGGAGAGUCUGGAGGAAGAGGGGGAGGAGCUAGUAGCUGCAGCAGAGGUCGAGAACACGUGA